GGCAAUAGAAACAUGAUAGAACCCAUGGAUAUCUAAUGAGUUGGGAUGAGGUGAUGAACACAGGGAAAAGGGAAGAGAAUCAUGGCUGGAUCAACGCAUCUUCUGUCCACUCAUCCAUUCUCCACAUAUUUCCAUCAUCCUUUCCCCAUCUUAAGAAAUCAGAGCUCGUUUUCGGCCCAAAAGAAUAGAAAAUGCGGCAAAUCCAUUGCAUUAUCGAGCAAUAGCAGAGAACACACUGUGCGGAAUGGGCUCUCAAGGAGGGAUAAUUUAGCGUUGAUUGGCUUAUCUUCGCUUUCUCUAUUCUUCCCUUCUUUAAGCUCAAGAGCUGAAGAUGUGAAAAUGGAUUCAUUUGUUGAUAAUAUUAAUUCUUAUUCCUAUUUGUACCCCACAGAGCUUCCUUCCAAAAGAUUUGUCUUCAAAUGGGUUGAAUCCAGAAAACCAGAGCGUUAUUCAUCAGCUGCGCCACUGUCACCUGAUGCACGCCUUCGCAUUGUGUCUGAAAGAGUUGACUUCAAUGAGAACCUAGUUAUUUCUGUUAUGGUAGGUCCAUUGAAUUCAGAGUUCCUAAAGUCAAAGGACAAAUGUACCUGGAGUGCCAAGGAUGUUGCUGACUCUGUUUUAUCGGAUAAGUUUGUUUUGCGGGUAACUGCAAGUCAACGUUUGGCUGGGAGCUCAGUUCUUGAUGCACAUUCUUCCCAUAUUGAUGGCGAUCCAUAUUGGUAUUUUGAGUACCUUGUUCGCAAAUCACCAACCAAUGCCGCUCUAGAAUCAAAUGUUUUCCGCCACUAUGUUGCUUCAACAGCUGAACGAGAUGGUUACCUAUAUACCCUCACAGCUUCAACACUUAAUAAUAAAUGGAACGAAAUGGGACCAUUCUUAGAAAAAAGUGCUGCUUCUUUCCAUCUUCUCCCUCCAACAGAAAGAUAUGUUCCUCCAUACAAAGAUCCUUGGAGAUUUUGGUGAAGGAAUAUCACUGUAUCAGUUUUUCUGGAGUCUGGAGAUAUAGACAUUGAUUGGCAGAAGCCAUGAAAAUAAUCUUGCAAAUACUGUGGCUCUUUGUGUGUGUGUGUGUCCUUAGAUCCUGAGCAGACUGUAAUGGAUGCAGAAACAAUGGUUGGACAUCUUGGAUCUGAAGAAUAUUCAUGGCGAAACUUUUUAAGGUUGAUGUGGUUCAUGAAGGGAGCAGGUGGAAUAUGAAUAUGAAUAUGAUAUUUAUUUUGUCAUCUUUCUUGCUUCUUCAAUCUGAGAAUUAGAGUGUUGAUUAAUUAGUAGCAUUUGUAGCCAAGUCCUGACCAGUUUCUCCCAAAUUUGUUAAUGAUAAUAAAACCUUAUAAUGGUUUAUGCUGUAUACAAGGCAGACUAUUUACACAGUGAUUUCAUUGGUACCUCCAAAGUAAAUCAACAUGUUCUAUUUUCUCUUUGGUCUUUUGGCAUAUUAUUAUAGCCUGCAUCUUAAAUAGUAUCGAUCUCAGUGGUUGAGCUCCUCCUGGGAAUUCCUUCUGCAGCUGGACCAAUAUUCAGCUACCAGUUUCGAGAAUGAAGAAUUUCUUCCCAUAAGCUUUGAAGGCUCAUCAUAUUCAACGAGAUUCCCUGCAAGA